GUUUAAUACAAAACAUAUAGCGUGUAAGCUUAGCUUAAGUUAUUUUUCUAUAUAGCAACAUAUUUUGUAGUUGCCCUAUAAUUUGCAUGUGGCAACUCUCUCUCUUCUUUCUCGAUCCGAACCGACGACACGUCCCGCGAUCACGUUUGUAAUAAUUUUUAAUAUAAAAGUGAAUAAAAGUUCAUUUAAACUUAAAAAGCGCAUUUUGUAUUUUCCAUGCGCAAGUGGUCCUUCGUUGCAGUGAAAAAAGUAAAUCAGUGUUCGAUAUUUCGCCAAAGUAGUGUUCGCGGCAAGUGCGUGUGCGAGCCAUGUGCGAGCUGGCCGUCUAUACCGGCUGGUAAUUCGUCGUGGUGGUGCCUAGGCUGGCACUGCUGGCCUGUAACUUCGUUCUAUCUAUCAUAGAACGAAAAUCAUACACGGAUUGGAGAAAAGAGCAUCAUCAAAAACCGCAAGUAACUCGGUAUAAGUCGAAAUUUUCGACCACCGCCAUUCCUCAUUUUUAAAUAAGGAGUGAAGUUUGCGCGACCCGCAGCCAUCUUGCGGAACUUCGCAGCGGUUUUUGACAUUUUGUGUCAACUGUCACGUUUGACAUUGACGUAAAUAAAAAUCAAAACAGUGCUAUAAACGUCUUUGUGCAUUCGAUUAAAAGUGUUUGUGCCUUCGUUCGUUAUAAUAAAAAACAUUAAAAUGUCUAGCGAUAUGGAUAAAUUAAAAAAACUACGCGUUAUACGCUCACAGUGCAAAGGAACCAUUACAAGAAUCGACAGUUUUGUCAAGGAUCCAGAAACUUUGGCAGCCGCCAGCGCCGAUAUAUUAGAGGCGCGUAAAGAGAAGCUCAUUUCCACCUUAAAAAAUUACGAAGAGGUGCAAAUGGACAUCCUUAGCAUUGAUGAGAACGACGGUGAACAGGUGGGAGAGGUUGAAGACAAAUAUUAUUCUAUAUUAGCCAAAAUUAAUAGCUCCCUUAAAAUGCUAAACACGAAAGUGACUGCGGAGUGCCACAACGCAUCCACAUGUAAGUUGCCCACAAUCGAAAUACCCUUUUACGAUGGAAAGGAUUUCACUAAAUUUAAACCUUUUUUCGACUUAUUCACAGCUGUCAUUGAUCAGAAUAGCUCACUAUCUGAUGUGCAAAAGCUUUUUUAUUUGCGAAAGUACCUACAGGAGGAUGCGUUGGCGGUUAUUUUGAAUUUACCAUUGAUAAAUGAAUCAUAUAAGGAAGCAAUAAAAUUAUUAAAAAAGAGAUUUGACAACAAGGCUAGAUUAGUAGCAAACCAUAUAGGUAUAUUGUUAGAUAUUUCUAGUAUACAAAAAGGCACAGCGGCUUCCAUACGAACAUUUGUUUCACAAAUUAAUCAACAGUUGCAUGCAUUAAAAAAUUUAGAUGAACCCGUUGAUAAAUGGGACAUGCUUUUAAUAUCAAUAUUGACUCGUAAGCUAGAUCAAUUCACACACCAGGCUUACCAGUUAGACCGGGACUCCGAUACCAUGCCUACUAUGGCUGGUUUCAUUGAAUAUUUAGAAAAGCGUGCUAUAGCGCUCGAAGAUAGUCAUCAAAAUAAACAUAGUACCUACUAUGAUGGUACCAACAAACAUUUAAAUAAUAAAAGUACUUGCUAUGAAGGUACUCAUAAAUCAAUACCUAAGGUCACAAAUGUGGUAUCGAAGUUGUUGCCGCCCUGUAGGUAUUGUGCUAAUAAAGACCAUCAGAUAUAUAACUGUCCCAUGUUUAAAAUGUUACCUACAGCUCAAAGGCAAUCUUAUGUAAAUGAAAAGCAAAUGUGUAAUGUAUGCCUUAAUAAUCAUGAUGGUAAAUGUAAAUUUAGUUUUAAAUGUAAAAUGUGUAAACAGGGCCACAACACAUUGCUGCAUCAGGAGCGCAAUGUGAAUGUGGACAAGCCCAGGACAAAUAAUGAUGUCAGUCAGCAGCCACUAUCAUCUGAUACUGGGUUGCAUAAAAACUGAAAAUGGACCGGUAUUCCAGAAUACCAUGUUAGGAUAUAUUGUUGGAGGAAGUAUUCCUGAAAAAGGACACCACUGCGUGUUCAAUCCGUCAAGUCGAACCUCACAUCAUCGUGUGGUCUUUGAUGGAUCGAUGAGAUCUAGAAAUGGGACAUCGCUGAAUCAAGUCAUGCUGAACGGACCUGUUGUACAGAGUGAGCUCUUUGACAUUCUUAUUUUAUUCAGGACUUAUCCAUUUAUUUUCACUUGUGAUAUUCAAAAGAUGUUUCGCAAUGUUUUUAUAAAUGAACAUCAACGCGGACUUCAAAACAUUUUAUGGCGCGAUUCGCCCAAAAACCCUAUCAACUGCUUGCAGCUUCAAACUGUUACAUACGGUUUAAAAUCAAGCACAUUUUUAGCUACAAGAGCUUUAAAGGAGCUAGCAAAUAUGCAUAAGGACCAGCUUCCUUUGGCCGCUCAGGCUAUUUAUAAAAAUACAUUUGUUGAUGAUGUGCUGACUGGUGCUGAUGAUGUGGAGACACUUCAGGAGCUGAAAAGGCAAAUUGUAGAGCUUCUAAAAUUAGGUAGUUUCUCAUUACAUAAAUGGUGUUCGAACCAUGCUCCAGUUUUGAGCGAUAUACCAGUUGAGCACAGACAAAUUGAUAGUGUAGAGAUAGGUAAAAAUGACACAGUGAAGACUUUAGGUCUUACACUCGAAAUAAAUUCAGAUAAAUUGAGUUUCUCUUGCCCUGCAAUUGAUGAGGCAACAAUACUGAACACAAAAAGAAAAAUUCUCAGCUUUAUAGGGAAAAUGUUUGACCCACUUGGUAUAAUUGGCCCAGUAAUUGUGGUGGCCAAACUAUUCAUGCAAGAACUCCAUAGCUCUAUGCAUAAAGAUUGGGACUCUACAAUCCCAAAUGAACAAUUCCUAUACUGGUCAAAGUUUUUAAAUAAUUUAAUGCAAAUGGGUCAAAUCAAAAUAGAAAGAUGUGUUAACUUUAAAUUGGUAUCACAUGUAGAGCUAGUAGGAUAUGCCGAUGCAUCUCUUAAGGCUUUCGGGAGCUGUCUCUACCUAAGAGUUUUUAUGACUGAUGGCUCGGUUCAAGUGAACUUAUUAUGUUCCAAGUCCCGUGUGUCCCCACUUUCUAAAUCUCACACUAUACCUCAAUUGGAGCUUUCUGCUGCUCUACUUUUAGCGCAAUUGGUAGGUAGAGUCAGUAAGAUUUUAAAUGAUAGAGUUCCUCAUAAAAUAUUUCUUUAUAGUGAUUCUCAAAUUGUUUUGUGGUGGAUCAAGACAGAGGCAGUAAAAAGUACUGUAUAUGUAAAAAAUAGAGUCAAACAAAUUGUAGAGCUUACUCAAAAAUCACAAUGGCUGUAUGUUAGGUCAAAAGAUAAUCCUGCUGACUUAUUAUCAAGGGGCGUUGAACCGCAUAAGCUGCAGGAGUCUGAUCUAUGGUGGCAUGGUUCGCCUAGUCUUUGUGAUGUAAAUUAUACACAUGCAAAUUCUGAAGAAUUUAAUUAUAACGAUUUCAUGACACAUGUAGACUCGCAUGGUGCUUCAUUUGAUGCGUCUUCUGACGAUGUAGAGGGAAUUUUGUGCCAUACCACAAAUAUAGAGCCUCUGGAUUUAUUAAGAAAAUAUUCCAACAUCAAUAAACUUCAAAGAGUUAUAGGUUUUAUGUAUAGAUUUUAUAAUAACUGCUUGAACAAAGACAACAAAAUUACAAGCAGUUACUUAACUGCAAAGGAAUUGCGUGACUCUAUGACGAAGAUUGUACGUUGUACACAGGCAGAGCAUUUUGGUAAAGAAUUAGUCCUGCUCUCAAAAAAUAAGCCUGUGACAAUUGGUGAUCAAUUAGCGUUUCUAGAUAAAAACGGUGUAAUUAGGGCCGUGGGGAGACUGCAAAAUGCAGAGAACCUGUCUUAUGACAAGCGGCAUCCAUCUAUACUUCCAAAAAACUCCUUUAUUACCGAUCUCCUUAUAGAACGAGAGCACUUGAGACUUCUGCAUGCAGGCGCUAGACUAGUAUUAGGGUCUCUAUCUCAGAGACAUCAUCUUGUGAAUGGUAUACGGGAGGUAAAAAAGGUGGUGCAUAAAUGUAUGAAAUGUAUACGAAUGAAAGCUGAAGCGGCAAAGCAGUUGAUGGGAGAUCUUCCUAAAGAAAGAAUCACUCAGAGCAGACCCUUUCAGCAUGUAGGAAUCGAUUUCUGCGGUCCGUUUAACGUAAAGGUCUCUCGCAUUAGAAAACCUAUUAUUACUAAAGGCUACAUUGCGCUUUUUGUUUGCUUUGCUGUAAAAGCGAUUCACUUAGAACUUGUUUCUGAUCUCACGACUGAAACUUUCUUAGCAUGUCUUAAACGAUUUAUUUCUCGGCGUGGCAUGCCCACAAAUAUAUUUUGUGACAAUGCAAAAACCUUUAAAGGUGCUUGUAAUACGUUAAAAGACUUGUAUGACCUAUUCUCCUCCAAAGAUUGUAGAGACUCUGUCUACAAAUAUUGCUCAGACAAGUACAUAACAUUUAAUUGGAUACCGAGUUAUUCUCCAACAUUUGGAGGAAUUUGGGAAAGUGGCGUCAAAAGUGUAAAACACCACUUCAAAAGAAUAGUAGGCAAUCUAUGUUUGACCUAUGAACAACUUAACACUGUAAUCAUAGAGAUUGAAGGAAUUUUGAACAGUAGACCUAUACUUUCUGCUAUUUCUAAUGAUUGUGAUUAUAUAACUCCUGGACACUUCAUUUGUGGCGCAGCCUUAACAAGUUAUCCAGAAAUUGAUCUCACGGAAACUUCAGUAAAUCGGGUUCCAUUUUGGAAAAUGUGCACUAAAAUUAAGCAGGACUUCUGGAAAACCUGGUCUCAAAGUUAUUUGACCCAACUUCAAAGCCGCCCCAAAUGGAAAUACCAGCAAACUAAUUUAAAGGAAGGUGAUUUGGUAAUUGUGAAGGAUAUAAACACCUCUCCAUUAAAUUGGCCAAUGGCUCGUAUAGUAAAAACGUUCCCUGGUAGGGACGGAUUAGUAAGGGUAGCUGAUGUUAAAAUUAAUAAUAAGAUAUUUCGUAGAGCCAUAACUAAGUUAUGUCCUUUACCUGUAUUGUAGUUUUAAUAACUUCUCUUAUGUUUAGAUUCCUGUUGGCGGGUCCAAUCUUUACCUUUAUGUAAUUGCCUGGCCCCAACUAUGUUUAAUACAAAACAUAUAGCGUGUAAGCUUAGCUUAAGUUAUUUUUCUAUAUAGCAACAUAUUUUGUAGUUGCCCUAUAAUUUGCAUGUGGCAACUCUCUCUCUUCUUUCUCGAUCCGAACCGACUACACG